UGCGCGUAAAGAAUGCGCAGUGGGUGUUGUAAACUUUCAUCUUGCGUUCUCUCUCUCUCAGCAAAAUGGAUUGGAAAUAACACACAAUUAAUACCUUUUGGGUAUAGGAAAUUUUAAGGGAAAAUGGCAGCACAGUUUGACAAGUUGCUGGAGCUUGCCAGACACUUGAAGCAGGAACGUCUUUAUGUUCACUCUGAAAGAGAGCACAUUCAGAAACUGAAUGAAGAAAUUGGGAAGGUUGCUGAGCAACUUUUUCACACAGCAUGGAUUGCAAAGCAGCAGAGGCUUAAUCUAAAUCAGUUGAUUCUUGGCUCUCGGGAGAUGUCACCAGCUGUGGUUUGUCAUAAGGCCAAUCAACUGGAUCUGGCAAAUUUUAUUGAUAGUUAUAAAUAUUUGAAUUAUCAUGAUUCCAAGUAUGGGGAAUUUUUACAGCAGCUACGGGACAGACCUGCAGUUGUUGCCAGUUGUCUUGUCGCUGGGACAAAGCAAAACCAGGAAAAAGGCCAAAAAAUGACCCAGAUUUUGAUGUCCUCUCUAUAUGGAAAUUGUGUAAUGCAGGAAGAUGAGAUCCUAGUACUGCAGCUUUUGAAGUCAUUAAUACAGAUACAGCUUGCCAAAAGUAAUGACCCUUGUAAAAUGCUCAGGAGAGGAAACUGUACUUUUAGUGCUGUGUUUAGAUUACUCAUUGAAAGUUUAUUCUCUGUUAAACUGUUUCUCACUGCUGCUCUUCACAAGCCAGUGAUGCAGCUUCUAAUGGAAGAUGAGUGGUUUUAUGACAUAGACCCAGAAAAAGCACUGGUGAGAUUUCCAUCAGCUGAUAAAUUGAAGAGGUUUGGGGAGGCAGGUAGUCCCCAGUAUGACGAGAAGGUGAAGAACUAUAGGGAAUUCACCAUCAGUAAAUUACACACACUGACUGAACGUUUCAUUAGCAGUAUCAAGAACAGCAUGUACUGCUUUCCACAGAGUUUGUGCUGGUUGGUGUCACAGAUGUACAGAAUUCUUAGCGAGGAGAACCACCUCUCCACCACGGAGGCAAGAACUGUGUGUGGCGAUCUUGUGUUUGCUAUCUUCAUCUGCCCUGCUAUCUGCGACCCUGAACCUUACGGACUGACUCUGGAUGCACCAGUCAGUUACAUUGCCAGGCAUAACUUAAUGCAGGUUGCCCAGAUCCUCCAGGUUUUAACUAUUUCUAAGCUGGAAGACAUUGACCCACGUAUACAGGACCUUUAUGGGAAGUUUGAGAGGGGUUGUGUCUCCUCCAUACUAGACAAUAUGAUAGAGAGUGAGGUGUCAGAUAGCCCCGCCCACUCCCCUCUACAGCUGCAUGGGGUGGGGCGCACUGCUGUUCUGCUUACUCCGGCCCAGCUCAGGAUGGUGAUCAAUUUCCUGACUGAGGUCCAGAGUGACCUGAAUGAGAACAGUCAAGAGAGGAAGUUAGUGGAGAGUUUGCUGGGUGACCUACCUGCUAACAGUCCAUUGAUGGCACAGUUAAGUGUGGCUAAUGCUGCUAUCAGAAACACAGGAGUGGUGACUCCCGUAGCCACACCCCCAGGGACACCCUCACAGGACAGGAAAAAUAGUAAAGUGAACAAAAAGCGUAGCUUCACAAACUUAAGUGGCAAUGUAGGUAACUCAGACGACUCUGGGGAGGACUCCUUGAGUUUGCAAGAUGUAGACCCCCAAGAGGAUGUUCUAGUCAUAGUAACCAAUCAACAGACUGAGGUACCUGGAAUGCUGGUAGAAGAGAAGGUUCUGAGAAUGGAGAUGCGCCGUAGACGUGGGAAGGUGGACAGUUUACCUGGAGAAGACUUAGAUGGAGAUGGAGAGCCAGAAGUUGUGGAAAAGAGGACAAGGUUUUCUUUGUCACAUGAUCAGGAUUCAAUAGGUAAUACCAGUGACUAUUUAGAAGCCAUAUCAGAGGCAGCAUCCAGUCACUCCGUAGGUUCUGUGGAACUGGACGACGAUGAAAAUGACGUCACAGACAACUUUUCCGACAUGCUGUCAGCCAAUGUCAGUGGCAGGGGCACCCCGAAUAUCAGUGGGCGAGAUACCCCAGUGUCCCAUACUGAUAGCAUAGGGCCAGAGGAGGAGCUUCCCAGGGUGCAGGAUCUGCCCAUUACUAUAAGGAAGAGAGACAGAGAAGAUGUGACGGAGAGAUUUGGAAAGUUUGACAUCAAAUCAGAAUAUGAAAAGGAUGAGACCAAGUCCACGGUGAGUGACACUUGGAGCACAGACGUUCUUGCCAGCGACUCCGAGCCUCCGGAAAGAGACCAACUAGAACGCCUAGAGGAGGUUGCCGAGGAAAUUAUUUGUCAGAAUUUACUGGGAGUACCCUUUCAGGAUCCCAAAAGACAUGCAUCUGAGAUGUCAGAGACUGCCAGUGAUGCCUGGAGCACAGAUGUUCUGGCCAGUGAGACUGGGGAAAGUCAGGUGGACAGACUUCUGGAGCUGGACACGGAUGACACUGUGAGUGUUAGCAGCAAAAGUCAGGCAGCAGAUGAAGGCUCUGAGGUUGAUCAGCGAGAAGAUCAGAUUGCUGAAGUUGAUGCUCUGGAGGGUGCUAUUGGAGGAGUACCACCCCCCACCAACACAUCUGAAGAAUCAGCCUCCUUCUUCUUUGGAAACUCCUCAGAUGAUCUUCCUGAUGCUGGCGUCCCACCGCAGGUUGUUAUGCGCAGACAUGUGGGAAAUACUUCCAGGGAAGUUCGUUGGGAUGAAAACCGGUCCAGGGUUGUAUCUCAGAUGGUGGAGAACUACAGCAGGAUCGAGGAAACCAAGUAUGAAUACACCUCCAGUCAACGCAUUUCGGACUCUCUCCAGCAUGCACAGGGGAGGGUAGGUAGUGUACUGUACAGCGUGGACCCAGUCAGGCAAGCCCAGUAUGACCAGCAGUCAAUACGGCCAGCAGUGCCGCCAUCGUUGGAUCAGACAUGGCUGCCAGAGGGCCAUCUCAACCAGCGCAGGGUCCUGAAUGGGCCAAUCAGUGAGGAAGAUAUAUUCGAAGAUCGUGGGCGAGAGUCUCGGAUUUUUAUAAGUGGCCAGUCAGAAUUCUCUCUCCCAGGUGCUACUGCUACAAGUUUGUCGGUAGAUAUGCUGUCUGAUAACAUUGAUAAUUUGAAGCUGACUGAACAACAGAAUGUGAAUAUUGAUGAGAAUCGGCUGUCUACUGCGGUCACCUUAUUUGAUCCCCUGAUGCAAGAGGGUCCGAAAAAUGACACAACAGGGGCUCCAUCUAUUAAUGACCCUGUCCCAAACAUCUCUCUUCUGCAGGCGCCCCCUAUACCUCCUAGAACUCAAGACCUGAUUCCCAACUUAGUUGAUAAUUUUGACAGCAGUUAUGGCAGUGGUAGUAGAGGAAGUGGACUGAGCACCUUGUCCAAUGGAACAGAGACCACAAGAAGUCAUAGUAGUACCGAUGAAAGCCAAAGUGGUACUGGUGCAGCUGGUGUGAGCACUGUUCAGCUGAUAGAUCAUGUGACUGAAGGAAAGGAGAAGACAGCUAAUGAGAUUCAGUUUAGCAAGGCACAGGAAGUAACGGUGGUGCCAUCUGCUGGUGCAAUACCAAAGAGGCGAAAUCAGAACAGCCAGCAUGAGGAAGAUGACAGACAUGACAGGAAGAAACUCAGCAUUUUUAAGUCGGUUAAGGAGAAAAUUUCUAAAGGUGUGAGACGGAAGGGAUCUAAAGCCCAAGAUGUGAAGGAAGACUUGACGCUGUCUGUGCCGAGAGACAGGGAAUCCCCGAGGCACAAGGACAGAGGGGAUGGUAAAACGUCACCUCAUGAUGAAUCUGAAAACAAAGACGAGGCAGGCGGCGGCAUUUCAACCCCUCCUGUCCAGGAUGCUAAUUCCAGUAUAGAUGAUAUUCUUGCCAAAUACCGUAAAAAGGUCAGCAUAGAGCUUGAGCCAGCAGAACAAAGUAGUAGUAGUAAGUCAGAAGAAGUGGAGGAGGAGGAAGGACCGCCCAUGUACGACCCCAACAACCUGGAAGGGUGCCAAGCUUUCAGCGAUGCCAAGAAGAAGUUGCGUCUAGUCCUUAGUACUACAGAUUUCCACACCCUUCCCCUCCUUACUGGCCUCAACUGUGCUUCCCCAGGGGCUGGAAACGAGGCUCCGGGACAGAAGAAAGAGAACCAAGUGUGCGCGGUACUUAAAGUUCAGCUUGCAGAGGCCAUUAAUCUGCAGGACAAGGAUCUGAUUGCACAGCUGCAUGAAGCCAUUAGGUGUUUGCAGAGUUUUGAUAAUGAUGGAGUGAAGAAAUUGCUCAAGUCCUUGUGCGAGGAAUAUCGUUCCAGAGCCGCAUACAUUGCCUACCUGACAAGAUGUAAGCAGGGACUGCUGACAACAAGAUCCCAUCUGGAAAGAUUGCUCAACAGGAUUCAUAGGGACAAAGAAACUUGUAACAAAUACUUCACCUCUGUCCUUGUGCGCCUCUUCAUGGAAAAGAGAGAGAGAUCCAUCAACCUUUUGCUCAAAGAGUUUCAGAAACUCAAAGCAUCUGAUGAAAAGACUGACUAUGUUCAAGAUUUCCUAAACACCCUGUAUAGAGACAUGGAACAAGAUCCUGUCUGGCAAGCUGCCAGUGAGAGCCAGUUGGAAGAUGCGGAACUUGCCAUAGAACGCACUGUGAUGAGCCACAUCUACACCUUGGCUAUGUACCCAAAUGGGGACAUGGACAUUUCCAGAGAUCAAAUUCUCCAUCAGCACAUGAGCAGACUUUCUAAAGUGAUCACCCCCAACCAUAAGUCUCUGAGGAUUCCAAAAAGUUAUCGCCAUGAGUGUCCUUGGCCAUCUGCCCAGGCAGAACUGCAGAUGAUCAAUGUCUACAAGACACCUAAGGACAAACUCCGCUGUGUGCUACGUUGUUCAUCAACCAUAAUGAACCUAUUGAGCAUGGCAAAUGAGCGCUCAGUCCCAGCGGCAGACGACUUUAUGCCUGUUCUGAUUUUCGUCAUUAUCAAGGCCAACCCUCCUUCCAUGCUGUCCACUGUACAGUACGUGAAUAGUUUUUACGAGAGGAGGCUGACAGGAGAGGAGCAGUACUGGUGGAUGCAGUUCUCUUCUGCCAUUGAGUUUAUUAAAACUAUGGACUGAAUUCAUUUAGAUUAUAGACUGAGUUCAUUAAUAGUGAGUUUUUUAAGUAAUGGACUGUGUUCACUUAAAUGGAAUACUGAAUCGAUUUAAAUUAUGGAAAAUGAACAUUGAAUGUAUGGACUGAAAUCAUUGAAAAUUAAGACUGAGUUCAAUAAAACUAUACUCUUACCUUUCUUCAAACUGUUGGCUAGGGUUUAGUAAAAUACAUGAAUUAGAAACGUCAUAGAAAGGGAAUGAGUUUUGUAGUAAAUGAGAGUUGUUCAGUCAUAUAUGCCAUGUAUCUAACUAAUUACUGUUUUAUGCCAUAUUUCAAUUUAAGUUGGAUGGGACCCAACUCUGUGCAUUUCUGAUGGCUGCCUAAUUAAAAAUAUGGAGCAAAUCUAGGCACACAAAUAACCAGAGCUACAUAGGAGUUGUUUGAAACAGCAGAGCUGCUUUUUACCAUGUUUCCAUUUAAGCUGGGCCUGCCCAACCCAAUUUAUGCCAUUUCAGCUGACUGUCUGAUUAUAGAUCAGAAGUAAUUGUAGGGGCAUGUGCGUAGCCUUGACUACAAUGGCAGUGGAUGAGCCAACAAAUCCAGAGGGAUAAGUAUUAUUGCCUAUAACGAUGCGAUUAUUGUAUUGAGAUGGCUAGUUGGCUGGGCAUACUCGUCCUUUUAUAGCAUCUGAGAAAACUAUACGUAAUAUAUUUAUUGAAGAGAUAUUAAAUCAUAUCAGUAAAGUAAGUCAUUCUCCUUAGCAGUGAUACUUAUCAGCACAACUGUGGAUAUAACUGUCAUUGUGUUAGAUGUGCCUUUGAUGUUUUUGCUGCUAAUGUCAGUUACAUGUAUCACACACAAAAGAACUGAACCUCUUCCAGUGGAAAAGUUUGCAGUCAGGAUGUGGAAUAGAUACAUGUUACAGAGUAUCCAAGAUAGAAAUGUUUUGAUAGAAGAAAAUAAAGAAUGUCAAUGGCUUUGUGUUGUAAAUUGCUUGGA